CCCAUACAUCAGUCUUGUACCUGUAGACGCAGACAUUUGCACAUAGAGAAUAAAAGAGCUGUUUCUUUUAUAUUCCCAUCAUAAUCGUACUAUUUAUAUUGAUAUUGCUUAACCAUUUAUAUUUAAGUCUAUGACUGUCGACAUUCGGAAUAGUCUAAUAUGUCUUAAAACGAAGUGCUGUCUUAUUAAAAGCACAUACACCGUUCGAGUGGUAAAUAUUCGUAUUGAAAAUUUAGAAACUUCUUCUGUACAAGAAUAGUGGUGAUAGCGGAGGUCGAGCUGUCGGCAGUGUUAUCCCGGUGUCAGCAUGUCGGAGUCCGGUCACAGUCAGCCCGGUCUGUACGGUCAGGGACGGCGAAGAAGGAGACGCCGAGACCGAGACCCAGCAGGACCUCCGGGUCAAAACCUCUCCGGCCCCAGUCGAGAUCGAGACUAUGUUCCCCGCGAGCGCAGGGAUGGAAGUGAAGAACCAACUGGACCUCUUCUUCAAAAGACCCCUAUUAUUCUUGCUAAACCUCCUGGAGAGAGAUCCAAACCGUGUGCUCCAGCCAGUGGCCCCCCAUCUUUGGAAAAGCCGAUCAUGCUCAUUAAAACCAGAGACGAAGGGGGGAAACCUGGGAACCCUCCAGACAUUCCCCCUUCAGCCUCAGGAGCAGGAACGGCCAAAAUGGAGAGGGAAGGACAGCGUCCGACCCAACCUGUGUAUCAGAUCCAGAACAGAGGCAUGGGCUCAGCUGCGUCUGGUGGAGCUGUGGAUCCUGUGAUUGGCCAGACUAAACUCCUCCCCCCAGAGAAGAUGAAGCACAGCAUCAAACUUGUGGAUGACCAAAUGAAUUGGUGUGACAGUGCUAUGGAGUACCUGCGAGACCAGACGGAUAUGCUAGUAGUUGGCGUAAUUGGACUACAAGGCACAGGCAAAUCCACAAUCAUGUCUCUGCUGUCUGCAAACAGCCCUGAGGAGGAUCAGAGGGCGUAUGUAUUCAGAGCUCAGACACAGGAGAUCAAGGAGCGAGCCGGAAACCAGAGCAGUGGGAUUGAUUUCUACAUCACUCAGGAGAGGGUCAUCUUUCUGGACACGCAGCCAGUUUUGAGCCCCUCUAUUUUGGAUCAUCUCAUCAAUAAUGAUCGCAAGCUUCCACCAGAAUACAACCUGCCACACACAUACGUGGAGAUGCAGUCUCUGCAGAUCACUGCCUUCCUCUUCACGGUAUGUCAUGUCGUGAUUGUGAUACAGGACUGGUUCACUGACAUCAACUUGUAUAGGUUUCUGCAGACGGCUGAGAUGCUGAAACCCUCCACUCCUUCGGCCAGCCACGACAGCACCGGCUCCUCAGGGCCAGAUGACGGAUCAGAGUAUUAUCCUCACAUAGUUUUCUUGCAGAAUAAAGCGAGGAGGGAAGAGUUCUGUCCACGAAACCUGAAGAAGAUGCACAUGGCAGUUGACAAACUCAUGGCCCAUUCACACCUAAAAUAUAAAGGCACAUUGUCCAUGCUGGAUUGUAACAUAUUUCCGGGACUGAGCCGAGACUACAUGGAAACAGAAGUCAAUCUUUUUCUCUUACCUUUAAUGGAGAAUGAUGGGGAGGAUGCUUUGACAAGAGCAGGUUCAGGUCCUCCGCUCUUCUCUCUUCUGCCUGGCUAUAGAGGUCAUCCCAGCUUUUCUUCUCUAGUUUCUAAAUUCCGCAGUCAGGUUCUGGCGAUGUCCCGCAGUCAGCUCUCACACACAAUCCUCACGGAGAAAAACUGGUUUCAUUAUGCAGCUAGAAUCUGGGAUGGUGUUAAGAAGUCAUCUGCGCUGUCUGAGUAUAGCAGACUGCUCUCAUAGUCAUGAUGGUGCUAGAUAAACCUGUGAAUUCAUUAAAGAGAACUGAGGCCCUGAUUUCAGGAGGAAGUUCUCCAGGAGAAGACUGGGCUAUAGAAAAACAAGAGCACUGAAUGAACUUCUGUGAUGUCUGGAUCACACUAGUGGAGUGCUGUGCAGUUUGGGACGAGUUGUUUGUAUGAAAUGAUCAGGUGUUUGCCCAUGUCCAUUUAGUCAUGUGUGACCCACUGUUUUUGCAGGAUAAGGGGCUAAGAUUCAGUCAUGUGAACACUUUUGUUGAUUGAUACUGUAAAAAUCUGAAGUAAUCUGUGAUUUUUCUAUUGUGGUCAUCUGCUGGAAAUAGCAUGAUUCAGCACAUGUUGCUUCACAGAUGUCUGUUUCAACAAACUUGUAACUUAAAUACAAUUACAGCAUGGUUUUGUGUAAUUGUUUCAUGAGAUUAAAAAUAAAUUGUGCACUUUGUUA